AUGACGUUAUACUGUCAAACUUGAUACCCGUUUUGUGAUAUUUAUUUUCUAAUUUGGUGUUACAAAACAGUGAGUGAUUAGUAAAAUGUGUAAGGUUCAUUGAAUGCAAUGUUAGCCCGGCCGUUUUCGCAAGUUAAAUGAAAUUUAGCUAAAGUAGCAUCAGCGCCGUACAAUCAGCACUGAAGGUGCGCUAGCCACAGUUUGGCAGUCGGUAAAAUUCGUUGAUAGGUUCGUUGACAUAUUCACCUCGCUAGUCAUGGCAACUAGGCGUCUGACCGAUGCCUUCUUGUUAAUGCGGAACAAUGCAAUCCAAAACCGGCAGAUAUUGGCAGAGCAAGUGAGUACAUAUGACUCCCGUCGUACUCUAAAUACACGUAGCAAUGCUGCGUUGGCUGAUGACCGUAUGGCCCUGGUGUCUGGAAUCAGUCUGGAUCCUGAAGCUGCCAUCGGUGUCACCAAAAAACUGCCUCCCAAGUGGGUGGAUGGAGUAGAUGAGAUUCAAUAUGAAAUCACACGGGUGCGUCAGAAGAUUAAAGAACUGGCAUCACUUCAUGACAAGCACAUGAAUCGUCCCACACUGGAUGACAGCAGUGAGGAGGAACAUGCUAUAGAAAUAACAACGCAAGAGAUUACUCAGAUGUUCCACCGAUGUCAACGGGCUGUGACAGGUUUACAUUCUCGUUGUGGCCAUUGCACUGAGCAGGAAGAGAGACUGUUGAGAAACGUGGUCUCCUCUUUGGCACAGAGCCUACAGGAGCUGUCUGCCAAUUUUAGGCAUACACAGUCCAGCUACCUAAAACGUAUGAAGAAUCGUGAGGAGCGAUCAAAGCACUUUUUUGACUCUGGACCUCUUAUGGAGGAGGAUGAAGAUUUAGCUCUAUAUGACAAAGAGUUCACAGAUGAUCAGCUGAUGCUGGUGGAACAGAACACAGUUAUGGUGGAGGAGAGAGAGAGGGAGAUCCGACAAAUAGUACAGUCCAUCUCUGACCUGAAUGAGAUUUUUCGGGACUUGGCCGGAAUGGUGGUUGAACAGGGCACGGUACUGGACAGGAUUGACUUCAACGUGGAGCAAGCUUGUGUCAAAACAGAAGAUGGAUUAAAACAAUUACAGAAGGCUGAACAGUACCAGAAGAAAAACAGAAAGAUGCUGGUCAUUUUGAUCCUCUUUGUCAUAGUCAUUGUUCUAAUAUUUAUUCUCUUUGGAACAAAGUUUUAAUUAUUCAGUCCUCUGUCUUGUGCUUUCUGUGUGGGUGUUUGGCGUGCAUCUGCGUGGACCGGGAUGGAAGUCUAUAUACUCAAAACAGACAGCUGACUGCCUUUCAUAUCCUCUCCAGAAAUAUCAGAAGAGUUUUCACACACUUCCAGACUCACUUACUGGUUUUUGAAGAGGUUUCGUGGCAGAUUUUUAUGAGAAAAUCAAUCUCAGUAAGCCUUAUUCAAGUGACUUGCUUACAAAGAAGCAAGAUUGAGUAGUGGACUGAUCUUGAACCAGACAAUGUUGAAGUACCUCUGUUUACUAAGCUGGAUGAGAGAACACUCCUACCCAUCAUUAUGGACUACCAAUAAAUGUUUGAACAAGAGUAUUCUUGCUUGAAUUUCAAGCAUGUAUUGUUAUAUUCCUUGUCUGAACAAUGCAGAAUUUCAGCCCAAUAUUAUGAUGAUCAUUGUGUUUCUGUGAUGAAAGAUGUGACAAGAUGUAAUAAUGUCUGUGAAUGAGAAACCUAUAAAUCUUUAUUUGU